AUGGGAGCAGGUAUAACAUCAGCUGAGUGCAGUGAACAGGAUACUGUCAAUAUCAGUCAGGAGGCAGUUUCUUCGUGGCUCAGUACUGCCUUGGAUGUUUCUAUUUCGACCAUCGUCUUACCCAUCAUCUGGUGCCUUGGUAUCAUCACUAACUUCACUUUUCUAUCCGUCAUUGUCCGCGUUCCCAAACUGAGAUCAGAUACCAACAUAUACUUGACACAUUUGUCACUUGCUGAUCUCCUUUACUUGAGUCUUGCGUCAGCAUACAACAUAAGGAGAUACACUGCAUCCGUCGUGGCACGUCACUAUCCCUUUGUGAAUUCUGCCCAGUGUUUCAGCUUUUUCACUGUAGCAAAUACUGGCUACUUUGCAUCCAUUGCUUUAGUUACCAUGGUAUCGUUCGAGAGAUUCCUCGCCCUGUGCCACCCCAUUAAACAUCUCGAAAUCCGCGGACGAAGACGCACCCAUAGAAUAAUUGCAAUCUGCUGGCUGAUGGGUUUUUUGUUUUCCGCUUCAACAUCUCCGGGUAUUCUAGUUCUCCACGUACGUUGUCUCCAAUGGCCCGAUGUUGACGCCUUUGUGGACUACCCAUCCAGCUAUGCAUACUGUGGUCCUGUGUCACCUUGGGUAGACUACUUCAUUCCGCCCCUACUGAAUAUUCCCUGGAUUAUGGCAAUGGUGGCUAACGUUUUCAUGUAUGCAAGAAUUUUACAAAUGCUCAACAAACGCACCUCCAACAAAAAGAUUACAGUAAAGAAAUAUCAUUAUGCAACUCAUAUCAGAAAUCAAGUGGCGAAAAUGUUGGUCGCUAACGGCACUGUGUUCUUCUUAUGCCAGGCCCCAUAUCGCAUCUUCAGCCUGUCUGGAUGGAUCUGUCUUCUGGCUCAGAUUCCUGAUCCAUUUUUGGCUGCAUUAGGAUCGGGAACCAAAUGGAUAUCCGUUGUUCCCCAGCACAUCAAUGCAAUGAUUAAUCCGUUGAUCUACGGAGCCGUGAACCCGGCGUACCGUUCUGCGAUCAGAGUGGCGUUCAAGUGUACUGGCCAAGCCAGAAGGCAACAUGCAUCUACCAGUGCAGUGAAUGGAGCAGAACAGAAUAACACAACGAUUGUAGCUGUAGACGACAUCGACACCAGACUGUGA